AUGGCUCAUUUGAAGUCAUUAGCUUUCAGUGCUUUGCUGGUUUCGACCUUUUUUAUGGUUUCCCAAAGCCGAGUGGCAAGAAAAGAUCUGAAUUUGGACUUGGGUAAUGUAGGGCUUGGGCUUGGAAUAGGCCUUGGAUUGGGAGGUGGGAGUGGUUCGGGUGCGGGCGCAGGCUCUGGCUCGGGCUCAGGGUCUAGUUCAAGUUCUAGCUCUAGCUCGUCUUCAUCAUCAUCGAAUUCGGGUUCUGGCUCGGAAGCAGGCUCGUAUGCUGGCUCGAGAGCAGGGUCAGGGUCAAGUGGUAAUCGAGGAGGAGGAAGCCGUGGCCAAGGUUCGGGGCAUGGGUCUGGUUCUGGAUAUGGCGAAGGGUCGGGAGAGGGAUCUGGCAGGGGAAGCGGGUAUGGUGAAGGUGGCGGGUAUGGGUCAGGUUCCGGUGGGGUUUAUAAUCUGUUGUGUUUGGAAUUUGAGGCAGUGGGGGUGUUGAACAUUUUCGAUUAUUUGAUUGCUAAUGAUGGCGAAGAUGAAAGUUUCAUCAACGAAAUGAACAAGGCUUUGAUAAUUGAUGAACCCAUUGAUUACCUCAAGCAGCUUCAACUUCAGCUUAAGGUGCAGCUUGAUGAGAGGGACUUGGAUUUCAUCUCGAUGCUCGGUGGUCUUUUGAUUUCGCGGUUGGUGGAUUCGAGUUUAUCUCACAAGAAUGCUUUGCAAAGGUGUAUUGAGCAUGCAAAGCUUUGGCUUUUGAAGUCUGAUCAGCCCAUUGAAGCAAAUUCGGCCAUUACUUGUAUGAAUUAG